CUGGGCUACACGAACACUCUUAGUUUCUCUGAUCUUGGUUUAGCUGACUGGGCUACGCGAACAUGCAAAGAGCUUGGGAUGAAGAAACCCACACAAGUUCAACACCACUGUAUUCCUCGAAUUCUUGCUGGUCAAGAUGUUUUAGGCUUAGCCCAGACAGGUAGUGGGAAGGCCGCGGCUUUUGCAUUACCUAUUUUGAACUGCCUUGCAGAAAAUCCCUAUGGUGUGUUUGCUUUGGUGAUAACGCCUACUAGAGAGCUGGCGUACCAAUUGGCAGAGCAGUUCAGGGCACUAGGAGCAUCCUUGCACCUACGAUGUGCUGUUGUUUUUGGAGGGAUGGAUAUGAUCACUCAAGCACAAGCUUUGAUGCAACGCCUACAUGUUGUGAUCGCAAAACCAGGGAGGAUAAAAGUCCUCCUUGAACAGAAUCCAGAUAUUCCAUCUGUCUUCUCGAAGACCAAGUUUCUAGUUUUGGAUGAGGCCGAUAGUGUUUUGGAUGUUGGUUUUGAGGAGCAACUGUGUGCAAUAUUUCAGUACUUGCCCAAAGGUAGACAAACUCUGUUGUUUUCUGCGACAAUGACAGAAAACUUACAAACACUGCUGAAUCUCUCAAACAAUGGGUUUCCGAUCUGCCAUAAUAUUGUUUCUACAUGCAGGAGUUGUCACCUUCUUAGUUUGUUACCGGAAGAACUUGAACAACCAGCAGUGGGAUUGCAUUCACACAAGUCCCAGGCUCUAAGACUUUCUGCACUACAUCGAUUCAAAUCUGGUCAGACUCCCAUUUUGCUGGCAACAGACGUGGCUAGUCGGGGAUUAGACAUUCCAACAGUUGAUCUUGUCAUAAAUUAUGAUAUUCCUAGAUAUGCCCAAGACUACGUUCAUCGUGUUGGGCGUACAGCGAGAGUUGGCAGAGGAGGGCUGGCUGUGAGCUUUGUUACGCAGAACGAUGUAGAUCUCAUUCAUGAAAUAGAGUCUGUCAUCGGGAAGCAGUUGGAUAAGUUUGAAUGCAAAGAAAAUGAUGUUCUUGCUGAAAUUACCAAUGUAACACCCCUAUCUUACAGAGUUUACAAAGCUAAACGUGUAGCUAGCAUGAAGAUGACGGAUGAUGGCUUCGAUCAAAAAGCAGAAGAACGGAAGGCCCAGAAGCUAAAAACACUAUCAGAGAAAGGACUGUUGAAAGAAAAGACUAACAAGAGAAGAGAACCAAAACUGCUUCUGCAGAAGAAUCAAAGUAGGAAAUUUCGUGACGGAGAUAUAUUUAGAGAACGAUGAGGAUUUAAGAUAAAUGGAGCUUUUAGAAAGAAAACUGGAGUUUCAAGUGCAUUACUUGUACUUUGUCGUUGGGAAGAGCUUUCUGAAGAUCCAUUCUUUGUGCCUUAUACAGAAGAAGAAAUUGAAGAGUCUGGUAAUGGUUCUAAUAUUCUUCCAAACACAGCUAGGAAGCUCAUCGAUACCCAAUAUCCUUGACCCUAACAGUGAUGCGAUGGUUUGAUAGACAUGCCUGCAGGGCCAUCUGAAGUUCUGGUUAUUGCCAUCUAGCAGCUAAUUUACUCUCUCAGGCGGAAAAUGGUCCUGACAUCCUGACAGUCAGGUUGUGCUUGUAAUUGCUGGAGAUGGAGUAGAUGUGGAGGCCAUCGAGAAGGAAAUCAGCUCGCAGUGUUACUCUUCUUAGGGGAGAUUUUGCUUCAAAAGCACUUUCCCACAGUUUGACGGUGUUUGCUCGUGAUAUGGUUGAGGUUAGUGCUGGGUUUUACAGUGGGGAGAGUUAAAAAGCUCCAACUUUUGUGACUUUUGGAUUUUGGUGAUAAAGAAGAAACAAAGGCUGUUUUAAUUAUUGUUUGAUGGUGAUGCUUCACGAAAGAUUUCAAACUUUAGAACUUAUUUUUUGA